AUGGACCUUGCGCGAACACGAGAGCUCACGUACAAGAGGAAGAUAGAGGUGAUCAAUCGCCUCCAUCAACUCACGAUCCUUGGCAAGCUGCCGCGUGGUGCCUUCACGUCAACAGCCACGCACUUCAAUCUUCAUCGAACCAACGUGUCCAAAAUCUGGAACUCAUACUCGACCAACUCCAUGAUGCCGUCGUCCAAACUAGGCCGCGUCGGGCGCAAGGAGGUCUACCAUGUGGAAACAGUCACGGCCCGUAUCGCAGUACUCCCUGAGACCCAGCGAUCCACUCUCCGUGACAUGAUUGAGACCACCGGCGUGCCAACAAUGAGCCUCCAUAAACACCUGAAAACCGGAACGAUUCAGCGGCGCUCGUCAAGACUCAAGCCACUACUUACCGAUGCGAACCUCCUCCAACGACUCGCAUUUUGCGGACAUGUGUACAUUGUCAAGGGCCAAAGUGUUCGCAAUCGAGCGUGCAAGAGCAAGCGCUUCAUUCCCAAAGUCAUGUUUUUGGCUGCCGUCGCGCGGCCUAGAUUUGAUCAUGAGCGUGGAGUUAUGUUCGACGGGAAGAUUGGAAUGUGGCCGUGCGUGAAGUACCUCCCAGCGGCCCGAAACUCGCGCAACCGCGCCACCGGAACUCUGGUGACGACUUUGGUGAAUGUUGAAGGUGAGCUUUACCGUGACUACGUCAUGACGCGUGUGAUACCUGCAAUCAAGGCGUGUUUUCCAUCGAUGAACAAGCAUGUUGUGUUACAAGACGACAAUGCCACGCCACACAGAGUCAUCACGGACGAACUCCUUGCCUCCGUGUCGACCGAUGGCUGGACGUUUGUUGUCCGCUCCCAACCUCCGAACAGCCCGGAUCUCAACGUUUUGGACCUAGGAUUCUUUGCUUCCAUCCAAGCGCUGCAAUACAAGUUUGAGAGUCAUUCGGUCGAUGAUGUCAUUCGUGCGACCCUUGCUGCAUUCGCUCUCCUUGAAAGCGAGAAGUUGGUGGACGCGUUCCUGACUUUGCAAGCGGUCAUGCGUUUGGUCCUCGAGAACAACGGCGGCAACCAGUUCGGUUUGCCACAUCUAGGCAAGAAAGCCUUGCGCCGCACCGGGAAACUCAUGACCAACGUGUCCUGUCCACAUCAUCUAGUCUAG